AUGGGUAUCAAGCAUCUUGCACAGCUCAUCCAAGAGCAUGCACCAGAUGCUAUCAAGACAGGCGAGAUCAAGAACCAAUUCGGUCGUAAAGUCGCCAUAGAUGCAUCAAUGUCCAUCUACAGCUUCCUCAUCGCCGUCCGCUCCGACGGCCAACAACUCAUGUCCGACACGGGCGAGACCACUUCCCACUUAAUGGGUAUGUUCUAUCGCACCCUCCGCAUCGUGGACAACGGCAUCAAACCCCUCUACGUCUUCGACGGCGCCCCACCCAAGCUCAAAUCCGGCGAACUCGCAAAGCGCUUCCAGCGCAAGUCCGAAGCCCAGGCCGCACACGAAGAAGCGAGGGAAACGGGAACUGCCGAGGACGUGGAGAAAUUCUCAAGAAGGACGGUCCGCGUGACGAGGGAACAUAAUGCGGAGUGCCAACGCCUGCUCAAACUCAUGGGUAUACCGUACAUUGUCGCCCCCACGGAAGCAGAAGCGCAAUGCGCGGUCCUCGCUCGCGCUGGGAAGGUGUACGCCGCCGCCUCGGAAGACAUGGAUACGUUGACGUUCAACGCGCCCGUUCUCCUCCGCCACUUGACCUUCAGCGAGCAGCGCAAGGAGCCCAUUCAAGAGAUUCACCUCGACAAGGUGCUCGAAGGACUAGACAUGGAACUGCCUCAAUUCAUCGACCUGUGCAUCCUACUCGGCUGCGACUACCUCGAUCCUAUAAAAGGAAUCGGCCCCUCCACAGCCCUCAAGCUCAUCCGCGAACACAAGAACCUGGAAGGCGUAUACGAACACAUGAAAUCCAAUUCCAAAUACACUAUCCCCGAAGACUGGCCCUUCCAAGACGCCCGUGCCCUCUUCCUCGAACCCGAUGUCCGCCCCGCAGACCACCCGGAUUGCGACUUCAAGUGGGAGGCCCCAGACGUGGAAGGCCUGGUCAAGUUCCUCGUCGACGAGAAGCACUUCAACGAGGAUAGGGUGAGGAGCGGGGCGGCCAAGUUGAACAAGAAUCUCAAGACGGCGCAGCAGAGCCGGCUGGAAGGGUUCUUCAAGCCGAUUGAGAAGACGGCCGAGGAGAAGGCGAGCUUGAAGAGGAAGGCCGAGGCCAAGAUUGAGGAGAAGAAGAAGAAGCAGAAGGCCGCGGCCAAGGAGAAGAAGGCGAACAAGACGAAGCCGAGGGGCGCAUAG